GGAUCCUGGAGUUUUUAUAUGGACGCUUUAUAAAGCUAUUUAUAAAAGGUCGCCGAGUGAACUGCUCCAAAAUACGAUAUGAAUGCCAUGAUUCUCAUGUCUUGUUUAGUUUUUAUUGAUUUGGAAGAAUGUACUGAAAAGCUGGAAAAUUUAACGCACUUUGAUAAACCGAAGGAAGUAGUUCCAAAGAAAAGAAAACGGAGAAACUCACAACCUAGUUGCAAAUAUGGCGAAUACCUUCAAAAGACUUACGUCCCAUUGUAUGUAACUCGUACUAAUUACGUUAAUAAAAGCAAACAGAGGAGUAAACCAUUGCCUCUUGGUUACAAAUUUAGACUACGAAGUGAUGAAAGCUAUGCGGAUUUAUGCAAUGACGACAGCUUUUUGGAAAAGCGCAAGGAACGAAAUAAAAAGGAGAAACAAAAAGAGAGAAUAUGUAAUUACAAAUUCUGGGAAGCCCCGAGUACCUUGCGCAAUACGGAUCCAAAGAUGGUCGCUUACGUAAAUAAACUACGAAUGUUGAAGAAGAAAGCCAGAGCUCGGUACAAAGAACCUUACAAAAAUGUGCAGUACCUAAUCAGCGGGGUCUCGUUUACUGGAGGAAGACCGCAUUACAUACUUGCCAAUGUUUCUUUGCUGCCAACUGGGUAUAUACCAAUCAACGGUGGCAUAGUAGUCACGCGGAACGGAGAGUCCGUCACUUGCAUAAUCGGCUUUUGGAAAUACCCUAGAGAUAUAGAGGACAAAUGCGACAUUACAUGCGACUGUAUGACUAAAUGGGAGGGUGUCGUAAUGGACUAUUUGAAGGAGUCAAAAUGUCGAUGCGGACAUUUGUAUGAUUUCUACCAUGAAUCUCAGAAAUCUACAGAAAAGUAUUUCUAUCCACCGACAAGACAUGGACCGUUUUGGGUUGAUGCAGCGAAAAUUUACCAAAUGGACCCAAUGGAAGACUUUAUCAGGGACACAUUCAGAGACGCGCUGAAAUCAAAGGAAGCAACCCCUACGGUAUCAGCGCCAACUAUAUCUGCAUCUGGGCUGAAGGAAAGCGAGCUACUCUCCGCAUUUAUGGCUGAUCUUACGGAUACUCCUCUUCUGACUCCACAUUUACCGGAAUCUAAUCUGCUGAACAGUCUUCAAGAAUGGGUCAGAAAGCGGGUUAAGGGUAAAAUAACUGGGAAGCAACAUAAACGAAUGCUACUAAAGUCCCAACGAAGGUGGCUUGACUUAAAGCAUUUGGACCACAGAGCUCGCGCAUUUAGAAUACCCUUCACUUUAAAGCAAUUGGAAAACAUGAAAUGGUCACAUCGAAAAUUAGUACAGAAAUUGUUUGAAAUAUUGUUAGAAGAUUUCGUGGACAGAAAUAGACGAAAACAAUGUGAACAAACUCGCCUUUGGUGGGCUACAAUGAAAUAUGACGCCUACCCAAGCAAAGCAUUCCUAGACAUCUUUUUCACAUACAUGCCGGGCCGUAUGAAGGAUACACAUUUGAUCAAUCCGUAUAGCUCUGACCUAACACCGAAAUGUGGAGCGAAAACAUGUCCGCUGGACACGUAAUAUCCCAUAUAUUAUGCA